CUACACCUUUCACUGUAACAUGCAAUGCGCCAAAUCUACUAAAAUGCAAUUCUAUUGAAGCCAGUAGUUUCUCAAUUGUACAAAGGAGUAUACGGACUGUUUCAUCCUAAUUCCAAAAUAUUACAAUUUUAAAGUUCAACUUUAUAUUACUUUCAUUUCACUUCUGAUGUGUCAACUGUGUUUAUUAUGUGUAUAGUAUACAUAGUACGCAUAGUGUUUAACUAGUGAUACGUCUACUUUCAUUCAACAAGCUUAUGUAUAUAUAAUAUCUCUACUGUAUUUAAAAGGGACACACUCAUUCAUUGAUGUUGCUGCAACUAUAGAUCAUAAAUUUUUGGAUUAUAAAAUUUUCUUAUAUUGCAUUCAUUAAAGCAACAAAGAAUAAAGUUAAAGAAAGUAAUCACUAUUGAUGAUAGCAUCGUAAUUCAUAAGUAGAGGGACCCUGACCUUUGUCGAUGGACGUACCCCUUUUUCCAGCACCGCCAAUCCUUGGGGGUGUUGCGACGCCUGUUAGUGAUGUUAUAGACGUUGCGAAGUUGACACCUGUUUCACUAUCCGCUGUUACAUGCACGCGUAAACAACAUGUGGAGAAGAAAAUGCACAGAGCACUCAAAAUCCACAAAAUACGACAUUCCACUCAUAGGAACUUAGUACAUCCUAAACAGAAGGACCAAAUCGAAUGUCGUGUUACCAAAUUUCACAUAACAAUGACAGAACAGCAGAGGCACGACGAAACUGAAGACGACAAUGAUGUAGUCUUUGCAAUUGAUACGCCUACAACAAUAUCGGAAGAAAUUUCCCCGCGAAAUAAAACGACCACAAAUUCCGAAAAAUCAACAAAAUCAAUUGCUAUUCAAACAAUAGUUGGACUACCAUUGCGACUCAGGGUUUUACCAUCCGUUAGAGAUAUUGUCGAAGAAAAAGAUGUAGAUUCAUCAAACGUAAAAGGAUUUUCUAAAAUGUGGAAACAUAUUAGAUUUCUAGGAAGAUUAUCACUUUCUUUGUUCGGAUUAGUAUGGUUACUUACCAUUUGGGCCAUUGUCGGUGCAGUGGCUUUUUGUGCAAUAGAAGGACCACGAGAACGCGAACAAGUUGUAAAGUUAAAGAAUAUGCAGAAAGAUUUAGCAGUUGGUUUAGCAACAGAAUUGAGACAGCUGCGCACAGAGAAAGAAGAAGACGUAGAACCACUUUGGAGCAACAAAGUGCACCAAUACGUGGAAAAACAUGAAGAGCUACUGUUGAUGGCGGUUAAUUCUGGAUAUGGCGAAAAUGGAAACAGUGGACAACUGUGGACGUUUCCUGGUUGCAUCUUAUUUGCCCUAUCGCUUCUGACUACUCUCGGUUUUGGUGCUCCAGUUCCACGGACAACAAUUGGUCGAACAGUAACUGUUAUUUUUGCAGCUAUUGGUAUACCUGCACAUUUUCUUUUAAUUAUGAAUCUUGGUCUUCUAUUAGCAGUACGAUUACAGAGAUAUGCCAUAGCAAGAAAAUUUAAAGGAUACGAUCUAACAGAUCUAAGUUAUUUGCCGCCAGUGCCGAAAUGGGUUAAGAUAGUGCCCUUCGUUUGUGUAGCCAGUUACUAUCUGUUGGGAGUUCUGUGUUUCGGAGUAGCCAGAUCCAGACCAAUUGCAGCAAGUGUUUUAUUUCCUCUAGAUUUUACAGCUGCUGGUGGUCUUUCAACAAUAGUUGGCUAUGUGCGAAUAUUAUAUGGUCUUUAUUUGGAAGGCGCAGUCACGAUUGCUGCUAUCGCAGUUGCAGUUUUGGGUGUAUCAACUACUCAAAAUUUGACUAAUAUUGGUCUCAAAUACGGCUUAUUAAUUGAAGCGUAAUAUAUUCAAUAAAUAUUUUAUAUUUCGAAUAUAAUUGUUUUAAAAAUAAUUUUUCAUAAAGAA